AUAAAAGCUUGGGUGCAGCGUUGAAGGGACCAGCACGAGCCAGCCUCCCUCACACGGCACUGCAAGCUGUACUAACGCAGACUCUCCAAAAAGUCCCUCACCAUGUCUCAGACUGCCAAGUCCGCCUCCAGCCAGGGCACUGAUGCCAAGGACAAGGGAGCCCCCGCCCCCGCUGCCACCAGCAAGGCCACCAAGACCGGAGAGCCUGGCAUGGGAUCCUUCAGAAUCAUGCUGUUCGACCAGGAGAACUUCCAGGGCAGGAUGAUGGAGAUCCAGAAUGAGUGUAUGAACGUGUGUGACCGUGGCAUGGAUAGAGUGCGUAGUAUCAUUGUGGAGUGCGGCCCCUUUGUUGCCUUUGAGCAAACUAACUUCCGUGGGGAGAUGUUCAUCCUGGAGAAGGGAGAGUAUCCUCGCUGGGAUACCUGGAGCAACUCCUACCGCAGCGACUGCCUCAUGUCCCUCAGGCCCAUCCGCAUGGACAACAUGGAGCACAAGAUCUGCCUGUUUGAGCUCUCCGACUUCAAGGGUAACAAGAUGGAGAUCCAGGAGGAUGAUGUGCCCACCCUCUGGGCGCACGGCUUCACCGACAGAGUGGGCAGCGUGAGGGUGCCCGGAGGAGUGUGGGUGGGUUAUCAGUACCCUGGAUACAGAGGCUACCAGUACCUGUUUGAGUGCGGUGACUACAGGCACUACAACGAGUUCUGCGCCUUCCAGCCCCAGAUCCAGUCCAUGCGUCGUGUCAGGGACAUGCAGUUCCACCAGAGAGGAUGCUUCAACCUCACCGCUGCCAGCAAGUGAAUGACAUCUGCUGGUCAUCUGGUGUAGUUGUAACCAGCCCUCUCAUUUUUUCUCUACCUUUCUCCAACCUUUUCCUAACCUCCACCAUCGUCCCUCCAUCCCAAAGGAAAGAAACAAUGACAGCAUUGUACCGGACAAACUUAAAUGACUUUUUAUGGUACUAAGAAAUAAACAAUUUUGAAAAACCUGAA